AUGUCAGAAUCAUCAUCAAUAGAUACUUUAUAUUUUAUUAUAUACUCUGCGAUUUUUGCAGUGUUUAUAAUCUAUCUAUUAUUCUUUUCAUCGUUGACAUUUGGUUUCAUUGUAUCAAAGGUUGUAUCUACCUUUUUACUACCCAAAGAUACCUUUCUCCGAGUCAAUAGUUUUCACAUAUCACUACUCUCGGGCAAGAUUGCCUUUAGAGGUCUAAAGUUUGCAACAAAGAACACAUGUCUUAGAGUGGUAGAAGGAACUAUUACAUUUAGAUAUUGGAGUAAAAAGACUAGAUAUUCAUUAACUGUUAAUGAUGAUAGUCCAUGUAGAUUAGCAAUUCAUUUAGAAGGUGUAGAAUAUUUAGUUUAUAAUAAUAGUUAUAGAUAUGAUCAAAUUGAUAAGAUUAUUAAAGAAAAGAAUGGUGAAACUGUUCAACAACAACAACAACAACAACAAGAACAACAACAACAACAAGAUGGAAAUGGCGAUUUCCACAACAACAACAAUGAAAAUGCACAAAAGAUUAUAGAAGAUUUAAAUUUACCUUCUGUAAAGGAUUUUGUUAGACCAAUGUUUUAUAGAGUAUUCCCUGCUUCAAGUUUAUCGGUUAGAAAGGGAUGUAUUAUGGUUAGUAAUCCUGAAUUACCAACGAUGCUUGUUAUUACAUUUGACAAGAGUUCAGGUGUCUACACUACCGAAGAGACUAGUGUUGCUUUGGAUUACUAUCGUCAAUGUACUCAGGUUGAAUUACAAAAUUGUAAAAUCAACCUUGAACAUAACAAAGAUUAUAAUGGUGAAGAAGAAUUAUAUGUUGAAAGACCUCAAAAAGAAGAUUUUGUAACUUAUGCAUUUGAAAGUUUUAAAUCAGUAUUUAAGGAUUUUAGAUUUACAUUUAUCAAUACAGAUGAAAGUUAUUAUGAAACAAGUGAUUUACCAAGAAGAAAGGAUAACAACAAGAAUAAUUCAACAAGAAAGAAUCAAGAGAAUGAAGAAUCUGAAUUGGAAUCAUCAACAUUUGAUUAUGGUAAACAUACACAAUUGUUGGUAUCACCAAUUGUUUCGAUCAAAUAUUAUAGUGAUGUACCUGGACCGGUGGUGACUAAUGUUGUCGAUUACGCUGGAUCAGCACCGCAAUGGGGUAUCGAUAUCAAACUAAACAAUUGUAUUAUUUAUUAUGGGCCGUGGGCCGAUCGUAAUCGUACACUCAUUCAUAAAUUCUUUUUCCCUCCCGAUUAUGAGGCACCACAAAUAUACCGACCCGUUAUUGGAGAACAACGUCAAUGCGCGAGUUUUGACGUUCGUAUUGACUUGCUCAACAAUUGUACGUUCCGUAUCCCAUUCCGUGAACUCACCAAAGACAAUGAACGUCGUCGUGCAGGUGUCACUAUGACCAAAGAGGAAAUGAUGGCGAGAAAGCCUGGAUGGGUUGAUAUUCGUCUCGAGGAAAACUCAUUUAUCGAUAUCAAGAGUCCAAUGCUCAUGUUAAAUGAACGAGGGAGUAACCUCAAGAUUGAUCUCGCUCUCAACAAGUUUGCCAUGGUCACUAGCAUCACCAACACUACACUCUUGACAGCACGUCAAUUCAACGUAGUGUGUGAUGUCCACUAUCCAUUGGUUUGGAAUCAUCUCACAGAAUGGAAUACAUCCUUUGCCAUUGUCAAGCCACAAAUCUAUCUCUUGUCUGAUCAUAUCACUCUCUUUAAGGAUCUAGGAAGUGAUUGGUCAGCCGGUGAACCUGCCGAUAUCACCAUGUUUAUUCCAAAAAUAUUUAAAUUUGAUUUUAGUCUUUCAAAUUUUAAAUUAUUUUGUAAUGUAAAUGAACAAAAUAUUAUUAAUCAACCUAAUAAUUUAGAUGAUAAUGCACAUUAUGUAUUUACAGGACCAUUUAUGAAAUCAAAUUUAAUAUUACCAUAUACAAGUUUUCAAUCACCAAAAACAGAGAUUACAUUUGAUGUUAGAAUUGAUGAAUUGGCAUUAAAAUUAAUUCUUCCACUUUAUAAUACGAUUAGACAACAUUUGGAAGAUAUUGAAAUGGAACAUCUAGAGUCAUUGGAUCAUAGUCAAUUACUUCAUGAGAGUGAAGAUAUGACAGAUUCAAGUACAAACUCUUCAUCCAUUCCUCAUGUCAAUAGUUUUACAAGUGGUGGUGGUGGUGCGGCUACAUAUAAAAGUAGAAGAAAACAUAUCAAGGGUUCUUCACAUUUUAUAACCUCUGAAAAGUUUACACUCAAUGGAAAAUAUUUAUAUCAUUCAAAGGUUGAUAGUUCUUAUUUAGACUCUGUCGUUCUAAAUAUUCAUGGUACAAGUCCAAAAGUUAAAUUGUUUGGUUUCUAUGUUCGUUAUUUCCUCUUUCUUAAAAAUAACUUUUUUGGUUAUACUAGUCAUAUUAUCAAUCUCGAAAAGUACAAAGACAACAUUGAAAAACAAAAAGAAAAACAAGAACAAACAAAAAAGAAAAAGAAAAAGGAAAAGGAAAAGGAAAAGGUUCAAGAACAAGGUGUAGAAAAAGAAGAAGAAGAAGAAGAGGAAGAGGAAGAAUCGGAUGAAUCAGAAUCAAAAGAAUUAGCAAAUGGUUUAGAGAUUUAUGUUUCAUUAAAAUUGGAAGAUGCAUCAGUUUAUUGUCCAUUGGGAUUGUAUAGUUCAAAACAACAAGCAACUGUAGCAUUACACGAAUUCCUUUUAGAGAUUAGAUACCUUCCAACUUAUCUAGAUUUAUAUGCCGAUUUUAGUCCAAUGGUUUUAAAUAUUCCAGUGUCUGGAGACGAUGAAUUGGAAUUGUUGAAAAUGUCAAAUCUUGCCGACAACACUGGUAUUGGUGGUUCUGCUGAACUGUCAAGAUACAUCCAAAUCAAUGACUUUACUUUGAAAAUGCAUUUCCUCUAUGGUCCACAACAAGGUGGUGAAGCCAACUAUGCCGAUUUUGUAAAUGUUCAUAUUGGUGCAGUCAGUGGUCACGUACUAGUCUCUCAAAUCACAUCGUUGGGUAUUUGGAUUGAAAACUUUUUCUUUCAUCUCACCAACAAGGACAAUGCACUCUCUACAAAGUUGGCAAGCAAGAAUGACCCAGUCUAUUCCAUCACCAAGCUCAAUGUCGACACCAUCUCACUCUACCUCUACUCGAGUGAAAAUAUAUCCGAAAUCCGUUUUGCCAAUGGUGUAUCGGUUCAUAUCAAUUCUCUAAUUGAUCAAUUGUCACACAACAAAGUAAAGGUUGAAGUACCUGAACUUUCAUUUAAACAUUUGGUUCCUUGUAUUAAAAAUAAUAAUAAUAAUAAUAACUCUAGUUUUGAACAACAGUAUACUACUGGAAGAAAUCGUCAACAACAAAAACACUAUAACAAGAAAUGGGCAGAAGUUGGAGAAUUGACCAUUUCAACCAAUCUCAGUAUCUACAGCAAAGAACCAAAUUGGUCAAAAGAUUCCAAACUACAGCGUCAAUUCCUUAAACUGCAUGAUAGCGAAAAUAGAUUAUUAUCUUUUCUUUGGUCAGAACAAGAAGAUAAUGAUUUAAAUGAUUGUGAUUUUAUUUUACCUUCAAUUUUCUAUCAACAACAAACUAAUAAUAAUCAAAAUAAUCAAAAAAAUAAUAAUAGUAAUCAUUCUAAAAAUAUUUCAUUUACUCCAAUUAAUAUUAUGACUCCUCCUCCAAAAUCACAAUCAACCUCUACUACCUCUACAACUGGUACAAAUUUUAUGUUAUCACCAUCAAUGAGUAUGCUUAUGCCUCAACAACAACAACAUACUCCUGCUUCUUCAUCAUCACCAAAUGUAAAAGAAAAUUCAAUUAGUAAUAGUUCAUCAAUAUCAUUUACUCAUGGUCAAAAAUUACAAUCAACACCAAAGUCACAACAGCAAGGUAAUAGCUCAUUCCUCUAUCCAAUUGGUAGUAGUAAUCAUAUAUUGAAAUGGAAUGCAAACAAUUCACCAAUUAGUCAAAUGGGUCAGUAUGGUGACUUUUUCAAUCAAAUCAAACAAUCCAAAUCAAAUUUGGAUAUUGGUGGAUCGACCACCGUCUCAAAACCCACUGGUAGUAAUGAUAAAAUAGGUAUACGUAAUUCAUACAAUCAAGCAUUGGAAACUAUUUCAGGUGAUGAAGAUGAAUCACUCUAUGUAUCAGAUGAAGGUGAAGAUUAUCAAACUCCAGAAUCAUCACUUCAUGAACCAAAUUCUAGAAUUCUCGGCGGUCAAGAAAGUGAUAGUGAUAGUGGUGGUGAAGCUUUUGAAACUGAUGAUGAAUUGUAUAAAACUACAAAUAGUUUUAUUACAAAGAGUCAAAGUUCAAAUAUUACUCUUCCAAACAGUAGUAAUAGACCAUCAGUUAGAAUUAUAUCAACAAGUAGUGGUAGAAAAUCAUUAAAGAAAUCAAGAACUGGUAUAUUUGAACCAAAGAUUGAAGAGGAGGAAGAGAUGAUUGAACCACCAGAUCAAUCCCAAUCUCAAUCUCAUCAACAAUCAAAACAAAGAAAUUUGAAUCCAUUGAUUCAAUCAUUACGUAAUCAUCUUCGUACCUAUUUCUUUAAUCUUUCACAAGCAAGAAUGGAUGUAUUUGGUUUGACUAGUCGUUCAAGUUCUUUUGUUGAAUGUGCGAGUGUACAGAAACGGUCGUCUCUAAAGUCAUCAUUGUUUGGUAAACAACCACCUCCGGUUGAAGGUGUCAAUGUUCAUGAUAGUAUCCAUUUGGAAAGUGAUCAAGUAGAACUACAGUCAUCAUACAUGUCAUACGUAUCAAAUGUCUUGCGGUGUCUACCACCGAUCCCCAAGAGAACCAAAGACAGUCGAUUAAUGGUUUAUAAAAGUUUCAAAACAAAUGAAAUCGAUGUUAAUGACCCUCAACUCUAUCGUGUCGACAAUGAAGACCUCGAAGAUUGUGAUCGUCAUGAAAAAGAGUUUGGAGAACAUACUGCCACCACAACCAUCUGUAUCGAUUCUAUGCGUGACAUUGAACUAUUUGCAACACCAGUCAUUGUCAAUAUUCUCGAAGAGUUGGUAGAAUCUUUUAUCGCCAAGGAUCCAUCGAUCGAUUAUAUGCUCGAUAACUUCCAACUUCGUUCCAUCUCUGAACAAUUUAAAGUCAAGAAAUACCUUCACAACAAAACAAGAUUGACUCUAAAUAUUCACAAAUUUAAUCUUCAUUGGAUUCAAUCAUUACCAAUCAAAAGUCAUAACUCUACUACUUCUACUACUAGACUUUCUCAUGAACAAAAAGUUUAUAUUACAGAGAUUGAACUUGAUAGUAUUCAUUUUGAUUUAUCAACAUGUGCCAAACAACAACAUCAAUCUGAUCAAAAUCAUAAUCAAAUUCUCAACGAUCAUACCAACAACAAUAAUUUGACAUCACCUUCAUUUACGCUGCCAGUGGAAGAAUUUUGUUCAUUUGAAACUCUGCUAUCUAUAAAGUCUAUACAUGGUUGUAUGAGAGUAGAUGAAGAGGCCAAUGAAAAGACCGAUCAAAAUUAUAUUCCAGAAGAGAUUUUAUCAAAAUAUCACAAGAAUCAUCAACAUUCUGGUCAUAGAGUUAUUGUAUCUAUUGGUACUGAUAAUAUUAUGAUUCAAGGUAAAUUUGAUGAUCAUCAAGGUGAAAAGAUUACAUCAUCCAUGUUGGCAUCAUCAUCUUGCAGUACUCAUGUACCAAACAGUGCAUUUUCGGUAACAUUUGGAGAGAUUUCAUUGUUUUUAACAACUGAUUCUCCAUCUGUCAUGUUUAAUGUUGUUGAUACAAUGAUCUUUCAUAUUAGUAAAUUGGUAUCUGUAUUUGAACGUUACAAGGAAUUGUGGAAACGUCAAUUACAAACAUUGAUUGGUGAAUUAUUACGUUCUCGUAGCAAGUCUAUUAGCAAUGGACUUUUACAAAGAUCACAAGCAAUCUCUCAUCACUACUAUCCACAUCAUCAUGGUGGUAGAGUAGAAUUUAUUCCACCAGACUUUAAAGAAAUUAUUGGUGAUGAAGCAUUGAUUCAUCGAUUGGGAUGGAAAGACAUUUCGACGUUGCGUGAAUUUAUGCGAUCUGCCGAACGACCAAAUGUGGAUGAAGUGGUUGCUGACGUGUCACUCGCCAAACAACACGACUCUUAUCGUACCUUUCAAGAACUCAUCAAUGAAAUCUACGAAAUUGACGAGGGUGGUGAACUGAUCCUCUUGUUCCAAAGCCCACUCAUCAAAAAGGUGUUUAUCAUCCCACCUGGCAAGAGUACCUCGUUUGACAUUAACCUUGAAUUCAAGUUUGAAGGUAUCUUGGCAGCCGUUAUGAAUGGAAAGAAUAGUAUCACCAUCUCUCCAGACAGUCUUGUCAUCAAAUCAAACAAUCAACUGUCGAUUGGUAGAUUCACCGGUGGAGCAGUCGCCAACUAUAUCAGAGAGUCUUUGGUAGAGAGUUCUCAACUACUACCAAAAUCAGUGUCACAGUCUAGUGGUCGCAGUGCAUUUGACAUUAAUUUCUUUAGUCAAUGUCAAAAAGUAUCACUCAAAAUCUCUCCCGAUCUCUUGACAUUUGUUCAAAAUACGGUCGAUGAAAUCAUGCAUAUCGAAGGUGAUUUGUUACGUGGUGAAGAGUUAAUUCUAGGAUCACAUGAUCUAGAAUGGAAACCAAUCCGUCCAUCUGUUCAAUUACAAAAGGAAAAGGAAAAAGAACAAGAAAAGGAAAGGGAAAAGAUAAUUACAAGUCCUUUGAAUUUGCAAAGUCCAAUUAUCCCACCCAGUACUGCUGGAUCACCCAAAUCAAGACACAAGGCAACCAAUAGUAGUCCAAAUCUACCAACUCGUAAUAGUCUCUAUAUAUUGACAAACUCACCAACAACUUCAGCAAAUACUUUACGCGACAAUCUAUUAUUGAAUCCUACACCAAGUGAAUCUGCCUCACCUAUUAGUGAACCAUCACCAACUCUUUCACCAACUGGAACCAUGCGUAAAACCGAUUCCUAUGAAAGUGCUCAACAAAAGAGAAAGAGAAAUCGUGUCAUUCACAGUAGUAGCAGUAGCAGCAGUGUCAAUAAUAACCAUUCAUCACCAUCACUUACCAUUACAGUACAUGGUCAUUUCUCAUUUAAAGAACUCAAUCUAAGAGCAAUGACUGAAAACAAUCGUAAAGGUGUCAUGAGAAUGCUACUUCGUGACCUUUCCUUUGUAUUUAAUGAAUUUGGUAAAUCAGAUUCUAAAAAAAAGGCUGGUGGUGAAUCACGUCCCAAUGGUGAUUACAUUCAUAUGAUUCAUAGUUGUAUUUUUAAUGUUCCAGAAAUUCAAUUACAAUUAUUAGAUCAAAUCACUGAACCAACAAAGUCAACAAAUAAGAAUAAUAAUAGUAGUUCUUCAUCCAAUCCUUUAAAGAAUAUAAAUUAUGAAAAACCAAUAAUAGAAUUAAAUAUUAAAAAUUUAAUGUUUAAUGAAGUAUUAUUCAAGACUGGAAAGAAAAAGAUGAGACAAAUAUCAAGUGGUAAAAGAGAAGAGUAUAUUGAAUUUUCAUUCAAAUACGAUCUAAUGUUGACAUUUGAAAAGGCAGAUUUACCAUUUAAAAUGUCACAUCGAUUCUUGCCAAAGUUGAAAGAUUUCCUAAAGGAAUGGACACCAGAGAGUCCAAACAAGAUGGCAGCAGAUCCUAUCCUUCCAAAGAGUACAACCAAUAAUAAUAUUAUUGGUAAUCUCAAAUUCCCACCAAUACGUUUUAAAUUGGACCUAAAAGAGAUUUUGAUUAGUACCGAUGCUCUAUCUUCGUUGCCAGUCACCUAUCACAUCUCUCGUAUUAGUGCAUCUGCCAGUCAAUUCUCACACGACGAUAUGGAGUUUCAAAUUCAAUUGCAUCAACAUCGUAUUGCAUUCUCUAAUCGAUCAGUCUCUAGUGAUCCAUUCCUUUUACCACGUAUCAAAGCUUUUGGUGGUGUUAAAAUUGAUCGUCAAUCAAAACUCAAUGUAUCUGCAAAUCUUGAAAUUGGUUUUAUUCAAAAUGUUGUCUCUAUCGAAUUGUUGGAUAAUAUUUUAGUUCUUCGUACAAUGUUAUCAAAAGAAAUUGAUGACCUAUUAAAUAAUUUAAUUACAAAACCAAAACAACCCACUACCAACAACAAAUCUAAACCAACCAAUAAUAAUAAUAAUAAUAAUAAUAUUUCUUCAUCUCCUACUUCAUCUAAUUUUAUUUCAUUAAUUAGAUAUAAUUUAACAUUGGUAUUAAGAGGAUUUGAAUUAUUAUUGGCAAAUGAUAGUAGUUCAUUAUUGGUUUCGACAGGAGCCAUCGAUGUUAGAGUAUCAAAUACUAGUAAUGUUGAAAUGGGUAACCAAAUUGUCAAUAAUAACAAUACAUUUAACUGGAAGAUUGGUCUUCGUGGUCUUAGUUUGAUCCUAACAGACCCCACCUUUACAUUGGCAAGUGAAAACAUCAACAACCUGCAAGGAUACAGUAGAAUUCAAAGCAUGAAAUCUCAAAUUUGGGCUGGUAUCAUUACUGAUAUAUCUCUACAGUCAUUCCCAUUGGCUAGUAGUGGAGGAACUGGUAGCGGUUCAAACUCUGGUAGUAAAUUAUUGGUUGGUCAAUCAAAUCAUACACCCAUCUCUAGUGGUGGAGGAUCGUCCAAAACAAGUAGUGGUAAUUUAUUGGGUGGAAUCAAGACUAGUCCACUUGAAAAGGCAUGGGUAGUGAUUAGCAAGACUGUUGUUACAUUCCAACCAUGGGCAAUUGACAAGGCAACCAAUUUAUGGUUGUUUUAUUAUCGUGCCUAUCAAAAGACAUCGGCUAAAUUGGCAAAGAUCAAAAUGCCAUCUGCCGAACAAGUUAAACGUGCCCUCGACACUAUCGACAUUGGUUCAACUCUACCCAUCAAACAAACCAAUCUCUCUCUACACAUCAAGAUUGAAGACACUUCUGUCUGUAUUCCAUUCAAUAAUCAUGAACAACAAUUGGAAUUAAAAAGACAACAAAAGAUUAAGAUUGAUCCUAAUAAUAACCUAACUUGUUCUGCUCUUAUUGUUUCACUUGGUUUAUUCUCACUCGAUGGUGUUGCCAUUAAACAAUUAUUAGAAGAAAAGGAAAAACAAAAAGAUAAAGAAAAGGAAAAGGAAAAAGACAAAGAAAAACAACCCUCUUCUUCUCUCCCAUCAUCUUCAAAAGAAUAUCCAAUGAAAGUUUAUGGAGAUUGUAAAUUUAACAAAUUCUCAUUACAAUUUGUUGAUAAUUAUCAUCCUGGAUGUUUGGACAAGAUUCAUACGUUGAGAGCAGUUAAUCGUGCUGUUAUUGACAAUGGAGAUUGUCAAAUUGUCAAUGUAGUCUCUCCUAAAUUGGUUCAAUGUUUUGUUCAACUAAAAACAUCUGGUCUAUUCCUUCAUCUCGAUACCAAACUAUUAGAUUAUAUCGUUUCAUUCCAAGAUUUAAUUUAUUUGGGUCAUGAAAAACUUAAAAAUUUCCAAACUGAACAAGAUCAAAUCAUGGCCCAACAAACCAGCAGUUCUGGAAUAAAUCAUUCAACACCUCAUAGAAUCGCGCCAGGAGAUAAAUUAAAAUCUUCAUCACAAAUUAAUUUAUCGUCGACACCAACAACAUCGUCAUCACAUAGAUUAGAGAUUGAAUUUUCUCUAAAAACAUCGGUUGGAGAAGCAAGACUUAUUAGACAUACACCAGAACAAGAUGGAUCAGUAGCAGACUCACCAUCGUUGGAUGGUAGCUUUGAUAAAACAGAACGAGUUGCAGAUGAUAAAUUUAAAGAUUAUCAAGAAUGUUUCCAAAUUCCUCAAUUAUCAAUCUCUACCACUCAUGUAUUCUCACCAGUUCAACAGAAUCUAAAGAGAUCAAAAUCAGAAACCAAUAUCAUGUUAUUUUUGGAAAGUCAAGAAAUCAAACUCACUCCUUAUUUUACACAUUUUCUCUAUGACCUUGUUCAUGAUGCUCCUCAAUCAUCCUAUCAUCAACAAUUUACUACUCAGCAACAACAACAACAUCAACAUCAACAACAACAAAGUCAACAUAAUUUACUUUCAGAAGAUACAAGUUUGGUAGAUUCAAAUACAACACCAGGUUCUGUAACAUUUACAAUUCGUAUCAAUCCAACCAAAGUUUUAUUGGAUGGUGUUGAUCAUAUCUUGGCAGUUGUUGAAAUUGGAACCAUUGAUAUCUUUUUCUCUUCAAUUAUCAAAGAUACUGCUGCCAAUAGAAGAGUCUUAUUAAUGAAUGGAACGGUUGCAUUGAAUAAUGUGAUUUUUAGAAUUCUACAUAGUGGUAGUAGUGAAGAAAGAUUAGGUAUCCUUCUUAGAACCAUUCAAAUGAAUAUUGGUACUUGUCAUGGUAUCACUGACAAGGGACCAGUCAUUUCAAUCCUUUUCAACAGUGAUAGUAGUCAUGGUUUUGUCAAUUCAAAAUAUUUGGAUGAAAUUUUAAUUUUCUUUGGUGUUUGGAUUCCAACAAAAUAUUCUAGAGAUAGUAGCUCAUCGUCACUCGCAGUAUCUGCUGCUUCUUCACCAAAAUUACAACCUCUACCAACAACAACUCUCCCACUACCAAAUUCAAAGAGUCCACAAAUUUAUGUUACAGCAAAAAUUGGUUCAAUUGGUUUGGAUAUUGAUUUCUUGCCACUCAGUAGAUUUAAUAUGUUGAUUAAUAAUAUAUGUGCAGUCUAUUCACCAAAUGAAGAAGAAACAAGAAAUAGUAAAAUAUUCUUUUCAUCUUUUUAUACUGGAGCCAUUUCUAUCCUUUGUCAUGGUAAAUUGGAAGGAAACUUGGAACUAGAGGGUAUAGCAUUGGUUGGUGAAAGAAGACCAUUUAAAAAUACUGGCAGAGACAUUAAUAUGUGGACAGCGUCGAUAUCACCUGUUAGAACAUCGUUUGAUUUUAAUCAAUCUGAAAUUCUUGACCUUCGUUCGGGUGACAUUUUAUUCAAGUUUUAUGACAUUCCACUUGAAAACAACCAGCUUUCAAUUAAUCUAGACAUUUCUUGUUCACUCUUGCAAGUACAAUUGUCAUGUGAAACAAUUGAAUCGAUUGUAGAGAUUAUAAAGCGUAUUCAAGAAAUCAUUUCGGACAAGGUACGUUUGGCCAAAAACUAUCUCACUGGGAGGGGUGGUAUUAUGGAUCGUAGUCGUGUUAAAAAGAUUAUCGACACUUUGGACCAAGUUGAAGAUGACACUAUUGUUCCAGUUGUCAUUGGUCAAAUCAAGGUCAAAGGUAACAAUUUCAACCUUCUCCUAUUUGGUUUUAGUAUAAAGGAUCCAACAUGGAUUAGCUUUACCUUGGAAUCUUAUCAAUUGGUAUUGGAUCAAAGUCGUAAAAAAGAUGAAACACAUCGUCAACUCUCUAUCCUUCUCGGUCAAAACCACAUCUCUAAAAUGACUGAACAAUCUGCCCUUCAAGCAACACCACUAUGGGCACGUGAUCCAUUCUCUAGACGUGCUGUUGAAACCAAGAUUGUUAAAAUUCCAGUUGCCAGUCUAAUCAUGUUUACAACAGAACACCAAAACAAUAAUAUCGAAUUUUAUUAUUUGACAGAAUUUACAGAUUCCAUUGCCAUCUCUGUCAAUCUCAACCUUUACAAUGAUCUUCGUGAAAUUGUUCAAACUUAUAUUCAAGCUGCUACCAAUGAUGAUAAAGAUAAAGAAAAAGAAAAAAGUACAAUCAAAUCUAAAAAUCAUAAUCAAAAUCAAAAUAUUAGUAAUAAUAAUAAUGUUUCAACAACACCACCAAAAGAUUAUACUUCAACAUCAUCAGAAAUGUCAAACUUUAUGUCGAUUAAUAACUUAACAAAAAGUUUUGAUAAUAGACCACAAAGUUUGAUGGGAAAAAAGAAAAGAAUCUUUUUGGAAAAGAAGUUCCAACUAUCUCCUACACUCAAUGUGCUGGGUGAAUUGACUCCAAAGAUUACAACUGUAUUUGGUUGGUUGGGUAUCAAAGAUAUUAAUCAUACUAUUCCCUAUUAUACUCAUAUUGGUCUAACAGAUAAUUUAGAAUCUGUUCUACUCUUGUUAAAUUCUUUUUCAAACUUUUUAAAUACUCAUAAUCAAUUAAAUGAACAAAUUAAUAAAAAAUAG